AUGUUUACGAGUCUUCUCUGCGUUGCCUUCGCGGUGUGCGCUACUUUGGCUUUGCACAGUUCUGCUAAAUAUAUUGAGCGGCACAAAAGAGAUGUGGCAUCCGACAUUGAUAUUUCCUCAAUCGACGGUUUUCCAUUUGAAGGGCUCUAUGCACCAGAUGAUGUUAGAGAUGAUGAGGUACCCACUUCUUCUGUGACACCAGCUUCACCGAUUGGUCCAGAAUUUUGGAACCGCAUAUUUAACCAAGAGAAUUCAGAGCAGCUGACAAGAAUUGCCGUCAACCCAGUUGUUCAAAAUGUGACACGAGAUGAGGUGGCCAUGAUGUCAGCAACAGAGAUCACACAACCGCCUAAGAAGGGGGAUGCUGACGAAACAGAUAAGAAGAAGAAAAGGAUGAAGAUAAGAAGACGACAGAAAUUCACCACAAUGCAGCCUACGCCACAUACUUUACCAGCUGAAGUCAAGAAACCGUCACAAGCUCAGGAACCCCGCUUCGGAAGUCCGUCACAAAUGCAUCCGAACACAUCUGGUGAGUCUAAGUACAAGGUAACGUCCUUGCAUACCUAA